AUGCUCACCAAGUGUUCAAGCUCCCUGCAGUCCGGCAGUACAGUCACGACAUUGAUGAAUCUGUUCGACCAGUAUCCGCUCAAGGCUAUCGGACAAGCUAUCAGACCGUAUGCUCUGUCACCAGUCCCGAACGACCACCAAGCCCCCCAAGGAACCUUCCUGUCAGCGAUCACAGGCCAACGCACGAUGUCUGAACUGGGCCGGCUAUCGACAAGUGCGACCGGUCCAGCUAACGCCGCAAUCAUGUUUCGGACGUGGGGCCUGACGAAGCAGGAACCUUCCUUGAAAGAGGAGUUCUACGGCCCCAAUUUCACCUACCGAGAGUUCAUGAACGCCUGCGGGUUCCUCAAGGGUGUCUUGAUGCAUUAUAGCCUGCUGAUCGGGGCUGUGUUCGUCUUACUGCCGCCUUUUAGAGCGCUGAUCAAGAGAGCCGUCUUCAAGCCUGGGGACGGACCCGACAGGGAGAAAACGAAAAGCGAAAUUAUCGAGUUCCGCGCCGUUGCUAAGCCUGAUGUCGACACGGAAAAUAGAAGGCAGAUCUUGGGGAGGCUGCAGUACACUGGAAGCAUGUACUAUCUGACGGCGGCGUUGCUUGCGCAGGCGGCUCGGACAAUGUUGGAAGACACAGACGAUGCACGACUGACUGGGGGCAUUUGCACACCAGCAUGUCUAGGAGGACGGUAUAUCAAUCACCUCGAACAUGUUGGGUUGAAAUUCACGACGGAAGUUCAGCAUCUCUAA